AUUUGUUAAGGCGAGCUCAAUUUUCGUCAAGGUCGCUGAGAUGUAAAUAAGGUUAGGGUAAGUUAUUUUUGGCGAGAUUGUAGGUUAGGGCUAGGGAAAGCGUUGGGGCUAGGUCCAGGGCUCGGGUUAGGGUUUGGAUUAGCGCUAGCCCUCUUUACAUCUCGUGACCUUUGACCAAACUUGAAGUUGGCCUUAUCAAACAGAUCUAACAGUCUAGACGACCAUGCUCGGGAUUUCUGACUUCACUACCGAUCUAAGCAAGUUCGACUUGACGUGCAAAGAACUCUGGGUGAAGUUUAUUUAUUUCAACACGUGAAACGUAAACAUUCGAUUAGAUCAUCUUAAUAUCAAUUAAUCAUAUCGACCAAGCUAAAGACACAUUUUCCUAAUUAUAUUUUCACUAUUUCAAGUUGAAAUAAUGUGUUAUCGUUGGAGUCACCUUGCAGAAGUAAAACUAUAUCAGAAUAAUUUCAAUCACGAAAUUGAAGAAGACAUUGCUGUUGAAUGCCACUGUACAAGAGCAUUUAUCAGUGAUUAUGAUUUGUACAAAAUGGCAUUUCAAAAUGUCGAAGAAGACAAAUUAAAUACGGGUGAAUCUAACGACAGCGAGAAUGAUUCUAUAAAAGAAGGGCAGAAUGAAGUGGAAAUUCCAAACAAAGAAUCUCAAACCUUAGAUUCCCAUUCUGAAACUAAUGAUGAUGAUGGCGAAGAUGGCGAUAAAGCUGAACUCGAAGAAGAAAAUGAAGCAAUGAACAAGAUGAUGAAAACAAUGGGUCUACCCUCAACUUUUGGGAAAAAAUCAGAAAGCUUAUCUUGGGUUAGUAGUGGAAAUACAAAGAAGAAGAAAAAGAAGAAGAGGAAAAACCGAAUAUCAAAGGUUGAGUCCGAAGACAAAACAGAGGUGUGUAAAAAUUGUGAUGUUUCUGUUGAAGUUGAAGACAAUACUAGUGUUGUCAAUGGUCAUGUUUUGGAAGAUGUUGAUGCAUUAUUUCAAGCAUAUUGGACACAAUAUGGAGAAACUCUUCUCUGGCAAAAUUGGUUAGCAAAAUACCCCGAUUAUAUGGAUAAGGAGAACUUUUCAGGAAUUCCUGUACCUGUUUUUGAAGUAGAAGUGGCUUCAGAAGAUACUACUGUCCAGCAAAAUAUUGACAAUGUAGAAAAUUCCCCAAAAGGUCCAUUAGUGUCUGGGUUGGCAACAAAAGACAGUGCUUCUGUGGAAAGUGACAUUAAUAACCACAAAAAAGAUUCCCCAACAUCUUCUGAUAAUUUAGGUGAAAUGAAAAAUUCAGAAAAUAAUGUCUUGAUCAAAAGCAUUGAAAAUUCUAAAAAUUCAGUUACAAUCAAGAAAACCUUUUAUACCAAUAAUCCUUCUGGUGUUGAAGACAAUUCAAAAGGGAGUCACAUUAGUGAAAAAUGGGAUUUAAGCCCAGAGGCCAUUAAAAAUACUAUGUUACGCAGAAGGGAAAUAUCUCAAAUUAUGAAUAUUGUUGAACCAGAAAGUGAAGAAGUCAUGUCAAAUACAGCGAACGAAAAUAAUGAAAUAGUUCACAUGAUGCAUUCUUAUGCAACAAUAUCACCACUGACUGAUUGCGACACGGGGGAGAUUUAUCAAGAAAAAGAUCCAGAAAGUGAAAGUAAUGUGAACUGUAAACAGUCUGAAGAAUCAUAUCAGGAGCAAUGGACAAAUAUAUGGAAUGAACAUUGUACAGAAAUAUAUUGGUACCACUACAACCAGUUUUUGGUAUCAUUUAGCAAACAGGAUAAAUCUUUAAAGGAAAUAAAUAAUGAGGUAGCCGAUUAUGGUUUAAAUUUAAAUACACUGAAUCAUUUAAAUGAUGACUCACAUAUAGAGGAAACACAAAGUCAUAAAUUAAAUGAGGAAUUGUCACACCAAGAUUUAAUUGAUGAAACAGCAAAUCAUGAUUUAGAUAGCGAAAAACCAAACCAAUAUUUAGUUGGGAAAAAACUCAACAAAAAUUUUGACACAGACGCACCUCAGAAAGAUUUUGACGACACGUGCAAUCAUGAUUUUGAUGAUAAAGAAACACCUAAUCAAGAUUUUGAUAACACAAAAACACUCAGUCAAUAUUUUGACAACAACGAAACACUUAAUCAAAAUUUUGAUGACACUGAAAGACUCAAUACAGAUUUUGACGACACGACACCCAAUCAAGAUUUCAAUGAUGAAGUAACUAAGAAACUGAGUAAUAUACACAAUACCUUGCAAUCUUGGGGUUACUCAAUUUCUAAGUAUGAAACUGAGGGUGAGAUGAAGUCUUAUAUUACAAAGGGACAUGUAACUUAUAAAGAAAAACAAGUAAAACAACAAACAAAAAAACUGAAUUUGGGCAAAAAGCCUUCACGUCUGAAGAAUGAUCAAGAGAGUGGAUGUUCUGUUGCUGAGGGUAAGAUGUUAGAGAAAGCUAAAGAAAUUGGAAAAAACCAAGACUUGAAUGAAGCCGAUGACCUUGUAUCUCCAAUGUUGAGUGCAGAAAAUGAUACCGAUCUUAUUCCAGUUAAAAUGAUCAAAACAGAAGAAACAAUAAAGGAUGGUGAUGAAAAUGAAUGUUGCUGCAAUCCCAAUCCUAAAUGUGAGGAGACUACUGAAGAACUGAAACCCAAUCCAAGGGAAGACGAUAGUGUAGUGAAUCAAAUAGAAAAAACAACAAAAAAGAAGUCAAAACACAAGAAGAGAAAAUUAAUUCCAGCCCCUGCAGAGAUUUCUGAAGAUGAAGAACUAUGUAAAUAUUGGGCCCAACGAUACAGAUUGUUCUCCCGUUUUGAUGACGGUAUAACACUUGAUCGCGAAAGUUGGUUUUCAGUAACCCCAGAAAAAAUCGCUGAACAUAUAGCGGAGAGAUGUCAGUGUGAUUUAAUUAUUGAUGCUUUUUGUGGAGCUGGGGGUAAUACUAUACAGUUUGCUUUUUAUUGUGAACGUGUCAUAGCUAUUGACCUUGAUCCUGUAAAAAUAGAACUAGCCAGGCAAAAUGCCUGUGUAUACGGUGUGGAAGAUCGCAUUCAGUUUAUUGUAGGGGACUAUCUAACAUUGGCACCAUCGCUGAAGGCAGACGUGGUGUUUUUAAGUCCUCCAUGGGGUGGACCAGAUUAUCUUUGUGCAGACAGCUAUGACCUAAAUAAUAUGGGUGGCCUGGACUGUAAUGCAAUAUUUGAGAAAAGUAAAAUAAUAACAGAAAACAUUGCAUUAUUUGUGCCCAGAAAUACCAUUUUAGAUCAGUUGACUUUAUUAGCCGGACCUGGAGGAAAGGUUGAAAUUGAACAAAAUAUUUUGAAUACUAAAUUAAAAACAAUAACUGCAUAUUAUGGUCAACUUUGUUUAAGGCAAGAUGGGAAAUGAAAGAUUUUUAUAGAGAAUAAUCAGUUUUUAGUAGUAGUAAAUUAAAAUAAAUGUUAAUGUAUCUGUACAUCUAUCAUUGUUUGGUGUACCAACCUUUCAAAAACAUACUUACUGUCACUGCCACACAGGAAUUUCCACUGUGGUGGGACUACUUUAGCUAAUCCUUUCUCCCAGAGUUGUUUUCCCUUGCAGUUCACACUGGAUAGUUACAUUUCAUUGGAUAAAUACUUCCUUUUAACCAUUGUCCUUUCUAUUUCACAACAUGUAUGUUUGUGGAGAAAGUCUUAUUGGGACCAACACCAGUAAUUGCUUCCCACAACUUCAUAUACAUGUAUAUAGAUAAAUAUAAUCUGCUAUUUAUAGCAUUUCUAUCUUCCCCUGGAAAUAUUUGUUGACUUUUUGGUCUAGAAUCGAAGUUGAGUACUUGUAUUUGAAUUUACAUUAUUGACAGAUUUUAGUCAAUAUUCAUGGUUUUGAGACGGAAGGACAAGGAUACUUUUAUCAGAGGAUUGUGACAUAAAGAUAAAUAUCAUUUUCAUCAUUGGAAUGUUCCAAUGUUACAUGGAUUUAGCAUUGGAAUCAAUGAGGAGAGAAUUACUAGUCUUGAGCCUGAUUAGCCGUAAGUGUAGUUGCCUCCCUUUAAGAUUAAUAGACAUUUCUCUUUCCAAGAUAGAGAGAAAAAUAGAGUUUAUUUCGGGACUACUCUUUCCAAUGAAAUGAAAUGAAACGAAACGGAGUUUAACGUCCUACUGUUCUGCUUCGAGCUGGGCUAAUGAAGACGGGCAUACGCCAUACAGUGUGCUAUGAGGGAAACGGGACCUCGAUUUUUCGUGCCAUCCGAACGACUAGACAGCUGUCCUUGUCAGGCCCUCCGUCCUGCAUCACUGACCAGGGGGAAUCGCGCCGGAAAAUCUAGACGAUGAGACGAAAAACCGAGGUCCCGUGUAUACAUUGGAAUGCACGUAAAAAAUCCCUUGGCAGUUGGAAUUCGAUAUAAGAGUAGGCGAUAGUGCCGCUGCCAGGGCAAAAUUUCCCUCAUAGCACACUGUAUGGCGUAUGCCCGUCUUCAUUAGCCCAGUAUAGGAGCAGAACAGUAGGACGUUAAACCCCAUUUCAUUUCAUUCCACGACAGAAAGGAUACACUGGUUACAUAACCUUUGUGGAACAGGUAUAUUUUUGUAACCCCCCCCCCCCCCUCUCUCUCUCUCUCCCUAGCUCAGGCAGGAAUAUGACAUGGUACUUCUGUGGUAUUUGUUAAGAAGCGAUAGUCUAGAGGGAUUUAACGAGCGUAUUAAAAGUUCUUAAUUUGUGAUGGUUAUCAUUAGGCGGAGAACAUGCAUUUGUUAACAGUGAAUUAAAUUUAGUUUCAAGUGACAUUUGCAGUUUAGGUUUUGUUAACUGAUUUUUAUCUAUGUCAAAAUUGUUCAGUAUCUCAGUACCUAGCCAAGAUCAUUCUCGGUAUCCCCAGUGUACUCAUUCCGCUCUACUCCACUAUACCCUGGGUUAAUCCAUAGGAUUUCCACGAUUUCAAAUUAUCUGCCCUGGCCUUGAUUGUAGCCAUGGUCUACGAACCAAUCAAAAAAAGAGUUUACAAACCUGUAGUUUCGCUUUCGUUUUUAUAAGGGUAGAUAAUCAUAUUCAUGUCCAUUUACCGAAUGUGUUAUGUAAAUAAUGUAUAUAUUUCUAAUUCAUUUAUAGUUAAUUGUAUUAUCAAAAUCUGUAGUAUGUUUCGCCAAUUGCAAAUAUAAGGGUAGAUAAUCAUAUUCAUGUCCAUUUACUGAAUGAUUUAUGUAAAUAAUGUAUAUAUUUCUAGUUCAUUUAUAUUUAAUUGUAUUAUCAAAAUCUGUAGUAUGUUUGGCUAAUUGCAAAUAUGUAUAACAUCUAUAUGGUUGACUUUUGUUAUUAUUAUUACUUUUUGUUUUUUGUCUGAAAUGUUUCAUUCUGUUAUGUUUAUUAUUAUUGAAGUUAUACUUGGCAAUUUGAUUCACCCCAACUCCGCGAACGAACGAACGAUUCUCAAUAAAACUCUUGAACCUACAUAAAAGUCCCGUCUUCAUUAAUAUAAUGUUAUAUAAUUUGUUGUUAGUAAAUACGCAUUUAGAAUAAUUUGGACUUCUCUCAUUUAGGCUAACUCCUAACCUUGUUCGAUUGGAGUUACUUCCCUUUGCCAACUUCCUUUUCAAUUAACGAUUUAUGCGAUUGGUCGAUAAAAAUAGCACAAUUAUCAAGGGCGGAUAACUUGAAAACGUGUCUUCCCCCAUAGAUAACCCAGGGGUUAGUGGAGUAGAACGGAAUGAAACCACUGGGAAUACCGAAGAUGGGCCAAGAUAUUUUAUGGUUAGAUUUAGCGCAUCCGCCUUACGUGUUGCAACGAGGAGAGGAUGGGUGGUGUAUGUGAAGUCGUUUAUAGUAGAGCAGCAUGCUUUUAUAGAUGUCGAGCUGGAGUGGAAACAAGCCUACUUCAGCUAGACACCCUAUAUUAGUGGUUCUUGGUGGUUGUGAUAAUAUAGAUUUACAUGCAUUUGUGGUGAGUUUAUUGUGCUCAACUUUGCUCCAUUUAGACACAUUUAAUGUUAUGUUAUGCAUUAGUUUACUCCCCAAUAUUUCGCUCCUAUAGAUACUAAUUGGCUGAACCAUGGAGAUUUAUUAACACAUCAAUAGGGACAUGGUGAGAAGAGAAUAGACCAACUUUACUCCUUAACGUAAACCAAACCCGUUUAGCUUUCUUUACAAUGUCCGAAACUAAUAGUUCGAAGGAUGAGUUAUUGCAUAUCUUGAUUCCUAGGUAGAUAUAAGACUGUACAAAUUCAAGAUUGAAAUCACGGAAAAAUUAUUUGUUAGGAAUAGGAAUGGUUUUCUUUAGCUUAAGGCAGUGAUUCUCAACCAGUGUGCCGCGGCACACAGGUGUGCCGCGAGAUCUUCCUAAGUGUGCCGCGAAAUUUUGAACGGCACACCAAGAAAAUGCGAAAAGCCACUUGAUCCCAGUUGAGUAUUCACUGGUGUCUACUGGUACGUUCAUAGCUGUGUUUUCUUAAUUUAGUUUGAGCCAUUCUGUUUCUAUGACUAGCCUGUGUCUGUGGUUGUAUGCCGUCUAUGACUUGCCAUGUUUUUAUUUUGAAAAUUCAGAUAUUUUCAUAUAUAUUUAGCCAGGUGUGCCGCUAUUUUUUCGUGUGAUCUAAUGUGUGCCGUUGCCUAAAAAGGGUUGAGAACCACUGGCUUAGGGUUAUUGAUAAACAACAUAAUUUUAGAUUUGUCUGUAUUAAGGCUCAAUUUCCAGUCAUCCCAACACUUUUCAAGAUGUUGAAGACUAUUUUGAAUUCCAAUUCGGGAAGUGGAUAAAAAUUCCAGAUCACCAGCAAAAAGUAAAUGAGGUACAGUAAUAAUAUGGAGUGUAGGGGCAUAGACAUCAGCUAUACUUUCAGUUAUGCAUGGAGGUCAUUGACAUAGACGUUGAACAGGGUUGGGCUAAGAACACACCCCUGUUUAACUCCCAUGCAAGAAUUGAUAGGUUCUGAAAGACCUCCACGAGUUUUAACAAUAUAUUUAGAUUUGUCAUAUAUUGAGGUAAAUAGAUUGAAUAUAUUGCCAUUAGUUAUUAUUUAAUAACACUCAACGGCUGUACCCCAAACCCCCUAUCUGGGUCUAGUGGGCUUACUCAAGUAGGUCCCUACAAUGACAGCCUCGAUUUAAACCAGUGGCUCUUGUCUCUUUUCUUUACUAAUAUGUAUUAUUACUUUAAAUGAAACACAAAAAAUAACACCAAAAUGCUUUAUUGGCCACCAUACACGUCACUAACCAGUUUGUUAUCAUUUAGCAAUAAGUAAUGGCUUUUUUGUACCACAGGUUUCUACUGGGAAGAUUGAAUUUUAAAUUUUAAAAUGAUUUGUUUUGAUGACUGAAAACAGUGUAUCAGUCGAGUUAGUUUUCCAAAUUAUCAGUUAAAAGUUGAAUGUGUUUAUUAUUUGAUAGAUAGAUUUUGAAUGACAAACCGAGAACAAUUACACGAAACGGCGUGUAGUUAUUGAUGUAAUUCCGUCUUUUUUUCUGACUAUGUAGGCUAAUUAUUAGAUGUAA